UGGCGGGCCUCAGGCUCUACAAAACUGCUCCACGGAAAACCGGCCCUGGGGCUACCCGCCGCAAAUCUGUCACGUGCUCUGAAAAACUGACUCACCGUCCCGCCCUCGGCAAAGUUGCCGGCGAGCAUCACCGUAGGAGACGGCCCUGCGAGUUGGAGCCACGCCCUUCUCCUCCAGGUCUCUCCUGUGCUACUUAGACAAAGUUCCCCGCGUUCACCAGAGCGUGCUAAGCCGACUUUGUAAACGUGUAAACAUCAAAGAUCCCCCAGAAAACGCAUUCUGCAAAACUGUCAAUUUGGAGAUUGACCCAAAGAUUUGACCUGCCCUCGACAACGGGGAUUCCUGACUUUUCAUUUUUCAUUUUUCCUUACGCAGUCUGCUCUGCAUCUUGACCAGAAUGCUCCAACUGUCGCGUUGGUCUGGUGUCUUCCCAGACACCCCAGCUUGCAUGGAUAUUAUACCAAAAUUGUGCAUGUGUGCUCGCUCCUGUGUCAGGGACUAGGUUUGAGGUGACAGACAGACAAACAGACAGAUACACACACACACACACACACACACACACACAUCCCUAGGCUUCCAUCUGUAGAGGCUUCGGGUUUGAGGCGGCAGACAGACAGACAGAUACACACACACACACACACACACACACACCCCUGGGCUUCCAGUUCCUCCCCUCCACCCGAGAGUCCUCAGAACAGCUAGUUAAUUCUUGCACACAGAAGUUGUAGGGGUACCAGAGAAACUUGCUUCUAGGGCCUGCAAGUCUCAGGGUCAUCAGGGCUAUUUUAUUUGUUUCUUUGCUUUUCCUUGAGCCUGAGAGGCUUUUGGCACUAUAUAAAAAAUCUCAGUCGGUGUGGCUACUCCUGGAUGUCAAGAAAGACUCAGUCAGGCAACUGUGAGGGAAUAAUUAAAACCAACAAUUCUUAACAUGGUGGCCAUCAUUUUUAUUUAAUGCUGCUAUCCCUGGACUGUUGGGGUGAGCUGUGGCUCAUGCUAAGAUGAUUUGUUUUUUUAAUAAUUUAACUCACAAUCCUUUGAAAAUGAAGAAUCCCGUUAAAUGAGACCAUACUCUGAUGUGUAGUUGUGAAACGAGACUUUUCCAGGCUAGCUAGCCCUGAAAUAUGGAAGGGCUUUAACAAUGAUUUCUGCUCAUUUGCUGAUAAACAGUGUGAGGAGUUGUCCACGUGACCAGCCAGCGUCCUGUUGCCUGCUCCAUCCACGAAGUCUCCACCAUAUGCUACAGACACAUGGGCAUCACAGGAGUCCACAGCCGGCUCAGCUGGAGACAUAGGGCUGGCAUGGAGGGAGAGCUUUUCUCUGCUCUUUCUGGGCUGGUGAGAGAAACUCCAGUUACUUCCCCAAAACUGGAUUAUUACAAUAGCAACAUUUAAACCCCUGGAGACGUGGAAGGGAAGAGAGCCAUUCUGUGUUAGUCUAUAUUACUCUGGCCCCUUGUACAGAAGUGAGAUUCUCUCCUGAAUGGCCAUCCUCCAUCUCACCAGCUUUGGAUCAGGAGGAAUUCAUGGUUGCCUCUCAACUCCAGAUGCAUUCUGUUUGUUCUGUGGAAAUUCGCUUGUGCCCUUCAAACUCUCCGCAGUCAGUACCUUCCCUUGGUACCCUACAAGAGUGCUUUUCCUAGCAGAGGCCCCUCCCCAAAACCAACUCUGUCUGGUAGUUACGGUGUCAGUUGCCGUAAUAUUCCAGAGAAGGAACUUCUAGCAAGUUCCACUGGACAUCAACUGAGCCUCAGCCAUGCCCUGUCCAACAAGGUUCAUACCUCAGCCCUGGAGAGAGCAGAGGAGACAGGAGAUCUUUCUUUGUCCCUGUGAUGGCGUCUUCGAUUGUCAACCUAGAGGGCACUUCAGCCGACAUACUGCUUACCUCAGGUUGAGCUAUGGGUAUGUGUGGGGGGGCCUUUUUUUUUUUUUUAAUGUCGGGUGGGCCUGAAUUGUUGUAAAGAGCUAGUGAACAGAAGCAGGAGGCAAGCCAGCAAGCAGCACUCCUUCAUGGCCUUUGCUUCAGUUUCUGUCUCCAGGCUCCUGCUUGAAUUCCUGCCCUGACUUCCGUCUGUGAAGGACUGUGACCUGGAAGUGUGAGCCAAGCGAACUCCAUCCUCCCCCAAGCUGGUCUGAACAGUGUUUUAGCACAGCAACAGAAAACAAACUGGAACACGCCCCUUGUUUCAGCUCUGUGAGCUGCAGUGUGUAAUGCUGUUUUCUUAGUUCCAUCAUUCUGUUUGCUGUAGUGUGCUUUAUGUUAUACAACAAUUGCUCAGAUGUUGAAGCACUAACCCCCAACACCUCAAAAAUUAUACAGAAAGUCUGAUGGAUCCCCCUGGAGCUGGAGUUACAGGAGGUUGUGAGCCUUCUGUCCGUGUAGGGGCUGGGAAGCAGACUCGGGCCCUCUGCAGGAGCAGUGGCCUCCUAGCCAGUGAGCCUUCUCUCCAAGAUGGGGGUCUUUGAGGUAAAAUGAGGCCACGGAGGCUGUAACCCAGCAUAGUCUCUGUCCUUGUAAGAGGUGCAGAUCAGGUUAGGGCCCAGAAGCACAUGAGGGAUUCAAGCAGAGGGAACAGGGGGCCUGCAAGUGGAGGGAAAUUAACUCUUAAUUGUGAUGUGUAGCACUCACAAUUGUGAGGAAGUGAAUAUCUCUUGCUUGUGCCACCUCCUCUGGGGACCUUGUGUGACAGCACUAGCAAACCAAACCUUGUCAUUUGCAAGUAUGCUAUAUUCAUAGCCGCUAUAUUUUAAGUUGUGAUGGAAGGUCUGACUUGGAAAAGCUUGAAAGCCCCAGAUAAGGCCCUGGCUUGUGAUUUUCCCAUGUGGCCUUGUCUCUGGUACAGAGGAGUAGACAGAAUGGAAUUGACACCAGCAGCUCUGAAGACCAGCACGGUGGAAGUUCAGGAUGAACGUGCAGGCCUGCUCUAGGUGUGGCUAUGGGGUUUACCCUGCAGAGAAGAUCAACUGCAUAGACCAGACAUGGCACAAAGCAUGUUUUCACUGUGAGGUCUGCAAGAUGAUGCUGUCUGUUAAUAACUUCGUGAGUCACCAGAAAAAGCCGUAUUGUCACGCCCAUAACCCUAAGAACAACACUUUCACUAGUGUCUACCACGCACCCUUAAGUCUAACCUUGAAGAAGUCUGUGGCAGCCACAGGUGGGAUCAAUGGCCAAGAGGAUGGUGAGCAGUUUAAAUCCGUUUUUCAUUGGGACAUGAAGACCCAGGAUGGAGCAGCUGCAGCUAGCAGGCAGCCACGGAUGAACACAAGAGACUACUGGCCAGGGUAUGGAGAGGGUACCACUUGGUGUCCUGGAGCUCUGCCCGACCCUGAGAUUGUCAGGAUGGUUGAGGCUCGGCAGUCUCUUGGUGAGGGGUUCACAGAAGACAGUGAACAACAGCAAGGCAAGGGGAGCUUCCCGGCCAUGAUCACACCUGCCUACCAAAGGGCCAAGACAGCCAACCAGCUGGCCAGCCAGGUACAAUACAAGAGAGGCCAUGAUGAGCGCGUCUCCACGUUCACCCCGGUGACAGACACUGCCGAGCUGCUACGGGCAAAGGCUGGGGACAAGCUCCUGAGCGACGUGAGGUCCACCGAAGACCAUGCUCAGCAGAGAGGGAAAGGCAGUUUUCCUGCUAUGAUCACACCUGCCUAUCAGAUCGCCAAGAGAGCCAACGAGCUGGCGAGUGAUGUGAGGUACCACCAACAAUAUCAAAGAGAAAUGAAGGGGCUGGCUAGUCCUGUCAGAGCGGAGGGCACCACAGCAAAGGAACGCGGAGGCCAACGCGGCCAGGUUUACUCAGAAGAGUGUGAUGAACCCAGGGGAAAGGGCAGCUUCCCGGCCAUGAUCACCCCAGCUUAUCAGAAUGCCAAGAAGGCCAAUGAGCUUGCUAGUGACAUAAAAUACAGGCAAGACUUUCAUAAGAUGAAAGGCGCGGCGCAUUUCCACUCCCUCACAGCCCAGGACAACUUGGUUCUUAAGCAAGCUCAGAAUGUGAACAAGCUUGUCAGUGAGGUGGAGUAUAAGAAGGAUCUGGAAAAGAGCAAAAGCCACAGUAUCAACUACUGUGAGACACCCCAGUUCAGGAAUGUGAGCAAGAUCUCCAAAUUCACCAGUGAUAAUAAAUAUAAAGAGAACUAUGAAACCCAGCUGAGAGGCCACUAUGAAGGCGUCGGCAUGGACCGACGCAUGCUCCACGCUCUGAGAGUCGGCAGCCUGGCCAGCAGUGUUGCCUACAAGGCUGAUUAUAAACACGACGUUGUGGAUUAUAACUACCCGGCCACUCUCACCCCACUCUACCAAACAGCGAUGAAACUGGUUCCCCUGAAGGACGUCAACUACCGGCAGAGCAUCGACAAAUUGAAGUACAGCUCAGUGACAGACACACCACAGAUUGUUCAAGCGAAAAUCAACGCCCAGCAAAUGAGCCACGUGAAUUACCGAGCUGACUACGAGAAGAACAAGCUGAACUACACCUUGCCACAGGAUGCUCCUCAGAUGGUGAAGGCCAGGACCAACGCCCAGCUAUUCAGUGAGGUGAAGUACAAAGAAGGCUGGCAGAAGACAAGGGGGAAAGGAUUUGAGCUGAAGCUGGACGCCAUGUCUCUGCUGGCUGCCAGAGCCUCGGGGGAACUUGCCAGCAGCAUUAAAUACAAAGAAGACUAUGAAAAAACAAAAGGCAAGGUCCUGGGAACCACUGAUGCCAAGCUUCUGCAUUCUCUGCAGGUGGCGAAGAUGAGCAGCGAGGUUGAAUAUAAGAAAGGGUUCGAAGAGAGCAAGACCCAUUUUCACCUGCCCAUGGACAUGGUGAACCUCAGGCAUGCCAAAAAGGCCCAAGCCCUCAUCAGUGACCUCGACUAUAGGAAGAAACUGCAUGGCUAUACCGUGCUGCCCGAAGACAUGAGGAUUCAGUGGGCCAAGAAGGCCUAUGGGCUCCAGAGCGAGCUGCUGUACAAAGCUGACCUGGCGUGGAUGAAGGGAGUCGGGUGGCUGACAGAGGGGAGUCUCAACCUAGAACAGGCCAAGAAGGCUGGACAGCUUGUCAGCGAGAAAAACUACCGGCAGAGGGCUGAUGAGUUGAAGUUCACCAGUGUGACGGACGGCUCCCAGAUGGAGCAUGCCAAGAGGAGCCAGGAGCUGCAGAGUGGGGCGGCUUACAAGGCAGGUAACGAGCAGUCUGUCCAUCAGUACACCAUCAGCAAAGACGAGCCUUUCUUCUUACGAGCCCGGGCCAACGCUGCUCAGCUCAGCGAGACCCUGUACAAGAGCAGCUGGGAAAAGCAGAAGGCAAAAGGGUUUGAGCUGAGACUCGACUCCCUGACGUUCCUGACAGCCAAAGCCAAGCGCGACCUGGCUAGUGAGGUGAAGUACAAGGAAGAUUACGAACGGUCCAGGGGGAAACUCGUGGGAGCACAGAGCGCCCAGGGGGAUUCGCAGAUAAGCCACUCGCUGCAGAUGUCGAAGCUACAGAGUGAGCUGCAGUACAAGAAGGGCUUUGAAGACUCCAAGUCUCGCUGCCACGUCCCCCUGGACAUGCUCCACCUUGCCCAUGCUCGCCAGGCACAGCGCUUAGCCACAGAUGUAGGCUACAGGACGCCAUCGCACUGCUUCACGGCCCUGCCCACGGACAUGAAGGUGGAGUGGGCCAAGAAGGCCUAUGGCCUGCAGAGUGAGAACCAAUACAGGGCAGACAUGAAGUGGAUGAAAGGCACAGGCUGGGUCGCCACCGGGUCAUUAAAUGUGGAGCAGGCGAAGAAGGCCGGAGAACUCAUUAGUGAGAAGAAGUACCGUCAGCACCCAGAUGCUUUGAAGUUUACCAGUAUUAAAGACACUCCGGAGAUGGUCCAGGCCAGGAUUAGUUAUACCCAAGCAGUGGAUAGACUGUAUAAGCAGCAAGCAGAGAAGUUAAAGCACCAGUACACGCAGACAGUGGACUUGCCGGAAGUCCUGCUGGCCAAGCUAAACUCCAUGAACAUCAGUGAGAGUCGCUAUAAGGAGUCAUGGAGCCGCCUUCGAGAGGGUGGAUACAAGCUUAGGUUGGAUGCCCUUCCGUUCCAGGCAGCAAAGACGUCCAGUGAAAUUAUCAGUGACUACAAAUACAAAGAAGCAUUUGAGAGAAUGAAAGGGCAGAUGCUUGGCUCCCGGAGCUUGGAAGAUGACCUCAGCCUUGCACAUUCAGUACACGCGACCUCGCUGCAGAGUGAUGUGAAUUAUAAGAAAGGCUUUGAACACUCAAAGGCUCACUUCCAUCUGCCGCUGGAUAUGGUAACCUUGGUGCAUGCCAAGAAGGCCCAGACUCUGGCCAGCGACCAGGACUACAGACAUCCGCUCCCCCAACACACAUCCUUGGCAGAAGACCUGAGGCUGAGCUGUGCCAAGAAAGCUCACAAGUUACAGAGCGAGACUCUGUACCGUUCUGACUUGAACUUCAUGCGUGGUGUCCCCUGUGUCGCUCCUGGAGCGUUGGAGAUUGAAGGAAGAAAGAAAGCAUCUGAGCUCAUCAGCGAGAGUAAGUACCGCCAGCACCCUGGGUCAUUCAAGUACACAGCUGUGACAGAUACUCCCAACCUUCUGCAUGCCAAGUUCAGCAACCAGAUCACCAAUGAGCGUCUUUACAAGGCGGCUGGGGAGGACGCACGGCACCGGUACACAGUGAGCCUGGGCCUGCCCGAGCUCAUCCGAGCGAAAACCAACGCAGCCAACCUGAGCGAGGCAAAAUACAAGGAGUCCUGGCGUCAUCUUCGUGCUCAGGGCUACAAGCUGACGAUAGACGCUCUGCCCUUCCAGGCUGCACGGGCCUCUGGGGACAUCGCCAGCGAUUUUCUCUAUAGGCAUGCAUUUGUGAAGGAGCGGGGGCACCUGAUCGGCAUCCAGAGCGUGAGUGGUGACCCACGGCUCCGGCACUGCCAGCGGAUGGGGCAGCUGCAGAGCGAGAACCAGUACAAGAAGGAGGCGGCCAGCAGCCAAGCCCAGUGCCGCCUGCCCAUGGAUAUGGUGUUCCUGGUCCAUGCCAGGAAGGCCCAGGGCCUGGCCAGUGACCAUGACUACCGGACACAGUGCCACAAGUUCACUGCCCUGCCCGAGGAUCUGAAGAUGGCCUGGGCCAAGAAAGCCCACGCCCUGCAGAGUGAGUUUCAUUACAAAUCAGACUUGAUGGGCAUGAAGGGCACAGGAUGGCUGGCUCUGCGAUCUCCCCAGAUAGAGAGUGCAAAGAAGGCUGGAGAGCUCAUCAGUGAGACCAAGUACCGUAAAAAACCAGACAGUAUCAAGUUCACCACGGUGGUUGACUCUCCAGACCUUGUUCAUGCCAAGAACAGCUAUGUGCACUGUAACGAGCGCCUGUACAGGUCGGGAGAUGCAGACUCCCUACAUAGGUACACCCCCAUCCCAGACCACCCAGAUUUUGCCAGAGCCCGCCUGAACGCGAUGCACCUCAGUGACAAAAUGUACAGGAAUGCCUGGGAGCAGGAUCGGGCCCGUGGCUGUGACUUCAGGCUGGACGCCAUUUCGUUCCAGACUGCCCGUGUGUCCAGGGACAUUGCCAGUGACUUCCGGUACAAAGAGGCGUUCCUGAGGGACCGGGGCUUGCAGAUUGGGUACCGCAGCGUCAACGAUGACCCAAGGACGCGGCAUUUCCUCAGUGUCAGCAGGCUCCAGAGCGACAAUGAGUACAAGAAGGCCUUUGCCAGCAGUCGCUCCCAGUUCCACAGCCGUGCUGACCAACCUGGCUUCCUCCAGGCCAAGAGGAGUCAGCAGCUGGCCAGUGACGUGCGCUAUAGGCAGCCGCUGCCCCAGCAUACCAGCGACCCAGAGGAGCUGGGCCUGAAGCAUGCACAGAGGGCCCAUCAACUGCAGAGUGAUGUCAAGUACAAAUCUGACUUGAACCUGACUCGAGGUGUUGGCUGGACCCCUCCUGGCUCCUACAAAGUGGAGAUGGCUCGGCGGGCAGCAGAACUGGCCAACAGGAGGGGCCUGGGGCUCCAGGGGGCUUGCGUGGGGCCAGAGGCAGCGGAGCUUGGAGAUCAUCAGAGCAGGGACGUGAACCCGGAUGCCUCAGAGAUCCUGCACAUCAACAGGAAGAAGACUCUGCCUAUGUAA